AUGCAGAAGGCCGAGAAGAUGGAGAAACGAGAAGAUGCAAUUCCAACGCCGACACUAGAGAUGCUCGAAGAGAAGCAAUUGCUGGCCGCCUGUACAGCUUUGCGCGAAGAUAUUGCGCGACAUAAGUCGGAAAUAAUUGCACUGGAUCGAUGUUUAAGAGCUAUCAUUGAGGAGAAUCCAAAAGCAUUGAGAAAAGAAGUGAUGGAUGAAGAUUACGAUGAGAAUUACUGGCUGGAAGAAUGCCGAAAAGAAGAAAAAAAGCGUUCCGAGUUGCUGGCCGAAAUAAUUUCACUUCGAAACGAUUGUUGCCAGCUACGCGCACAGAUCGAAUUGAACAGUGUCAAAAGGCCUUCACUUCUAGUAACUCGAUUCUGA